AUGUCAUUCACCGACUCUGAGGAUAGAGAGCGUGACUCUGAAGAGAGCGAACUUGACUCUGAAGAGAGCGAGCUUGACCCUGAAGAGAGCGAGUUUGACUCCGAGAUUGAACCUGACGUCAGGAAUACUUGGGAGCUCAAUCCCAACCAAUUCCACAUCCAGAACCCGGCUUGGACUGGUGUCUUGGAUGGGCUGAUUGGGAGGGUUUCUAAAGAGCUUGGCCUUGUCGACAGUGCGAAUGUCGAGGCUCAGCUUUACAAAAUGCUGCUCUACGAAAAAGGAGCGAUGUUCAAGGCCCACAAGGAUACCGAGAAGGCUCCUGGCAUGUUUGGAACUCUGGUCAUAUGCCUCCCUUCUGCCCACACCGGCGGCUCAGUCAAGGUGAAGCAUGCAGGACAAGAGAAAACAUUUCGCUCGGAGGAGCUGGGGCAAUCAUACGUCUGCUGGUUUGCCGAUGUUACCCAUGAAGUUGCCAAAAUUAAAUCCGGCUACCGUUGGGUGCUGACGUACAAUUUGGUCAACAAGUCUCCGUCGCCCGAUAAAGCCAAUCUGAUCCCGGGAAUCGAAAGGCACUUGCUCCGCUCAGCAUUACGCGAGUGGUGGGAUGCAUGUCUCGUCGACCCUACCGAAGAGCGCGCGUAUUGCUACAUCUUGGAGCACCAGUACACAGAUGCAAAUCUUGGUUUCGAUUCCCUCAAAGGCCAAGAUGCGGCCAAGGUUCGAGCUCUGAGAGAAAGCUGCCAGGAUGGUAAUUUCUGCUGUUUACUCGCCAACCUUCACCGCGAGGUCUGGGGUGCAUGCGUGGCAGAAGAUCCAUGGCCGGGAAGGGUUCACCACAACACAGACAUGUCCGGAGCGUUAAGUCGUGGGGACUUCCAUGUCAUUGACCAAGAUGAAGAAAUUACUACCAAGCUCAAUCAUGUUCUUGACCAAGAUGGUACAUGGGUGGGGGAAGAGAUACCAAUCUCCGAGGAUGCCGAAAUCAUCCAGUUCAAGCCUUUCAGGAGGGACCCCGACGACGAGGAUUUCAUGGGAUAUACCGGUAAUGAGGGAGCCCAAGCCACUCACACUUACAGGGACUCGGUUGUUGUAGUCAUGCCGCGGCCACACCUCGCAAAAUUCCUCCUCGGACGCUACCUUGAUGAGUCUCGUUAUUGGAAAUGGAGUCCCAAGGAGUACCUCAACAGUCCACAAGACGUUCGCUACGUGGUCAAUCAUCUUCGCCGUCUAGUUGAGACCAAUCCCACAGAUGAAGCUUGCAGGCUCUUUGAGGACGCUGCCUUGCUAGUUCGGCAAAAACUUGAAGACGAGGCGAUUGACGAUAUAGUGGCCUGGAUAAGACAAUCAGGCCUGACGCCACUCGAAAAAGCGCUUGGUCAAUGUUUUUCUUCGGAACAGAGGGUGCAUGCUCGCUACAGUAACCUCCAGGAUUUCCUUCGGCGCGUGCGCAAUGUGAACGAAGCGGCAGACGAAGUCAAGGAACUAAACCUAGAUGCCUGGGUCGAGACAUUCAUGAACGACUCGGUUGAGAAUUGCCAGGAGUUGGGCGUAGAUGACGCUCCUGUCCUCGCUCAAAUGGUCAAGACGUCAAGCCAGCCUCAGAAAACACUCGAUAGGUGA